AUGGCCAACCUCCGGGGUGUUGCGAGAGACGCUUACGAAGAGAGGAUCCAGAAGUUCAUGGCCAAAUACGGACAGCAGGCACAGGAGGUCAUCAAGGACUUGACGACGACGACGACGACGACGACGACCAGGGACACGUUCGAACCUACGACAACAUCAAGCAGGUACAGUCAUUAUGGACCUACACCGACGGCGACGAGUGCGGUUUGGGAUUCGGCUGCGCCUUCGAUUCUGUACCAGACGCAGGGAUGGAUCGCGUGGUUCUGGGAAUGGCAUCGGAAACGUUGGCUAGGGGAGAUGGCUUGGUAUACUUGCUGCGGCCUUGGUGUUAUCAUGUUCUGGGCACUCAUUCUUUGGGCUUUGCUUAGAUACAUCCCAAAACAGCAGUGGGACCGUGCAAUCCAGUCCGUGAGGUGGUUCUUCAACCAGCUGUCCAGGCCAUUUAAUGCAUUAGCUCACGGAAUCACCUGGGGGUUCUUCAGAGCAUUGGGCUGUGUGUACGACAAACCAUGGGUUCACGAGUAUCGCGCGAGAAGAGUGAAGAUAUGGGAAAAAUUCAGGACUCUGGUCUGGAGCCUUUUGUCUGCGGCAACAAUAUUCUGGCUUGCGUACCAGCUUCACUUUCAACAGAGCUGCUGGGUGAAAGUCCACGAAUUGCAGCAUCAGGGAUUUCAUCUGCCUGGCUGGGUCUAUGAGGCAUCUCGACACCAGCAUGGGCUUUCCAUCGACGGGCCCGGGAUCAACGGACAGAUCUUCGAGGUGCCAUUUACUACCACGUUUCACCCAACGGCGACAGAAUAUCGGACGGCGACGAGUACUGUCACUGCCAGGCAGACCUUCACCAAGACUAUCGAGGUGGGAGGAGAGACUACAACUGGAGAAUGUCAGAAGACAGUGCAUCAGGUCAGAUGGAAUGCUGAACCUCAGACACUUACAAUCCACGAGACAUUGACGCUCGAUUCUGCUCCGGCUAUUGAGACGGUCACCAUCCACGAGAGAGCCGAGCAGUUCAAUGCUGCGCCAGAGAUAUCCACCGUGACGAAUUAUCUGACGGGCCAGGGUAUCGAGCAUGAUACCAUCACAGUCACAGAAACUGCUACUCGAUAUCAACGCGACGGCAGUCAAUGCCGCUUGACCUCAACGCAACAGGAGAUCAUCGCAAACGUGACGCCCACCACAGUGAAUUUGGUACGGACCAAGACUUCCUACAAGACCAGGACGAUUACAACCACAACCCCAGGGGGCACUCUAGUGAGAACAAGCAGGAUUCCCCUCACCUUGACUAUUACGGACACAUCUGUCGUCGCCAAGACCGCAAAGAAAGUGUCGACAUCAAUGGUAUACAAAGCGAGCACUACUGUCGCUGGCGGCACUAUCGUGAGGACGACAAGAUUGUCUCACACGACUACUGUUACAGAGACGGAGACAAGCGUUGUGCCAGGGCCGACUUGCGCUCUUGAGCACGAGGAGGACCACGAGGAAGAGGCGCAUGUGUGCGAGCAUGUUGGGAAGAGCAUUGUAUACUGCAAGAAGUGUCAGCAGUAUCACUGCUGCGAGCUGAGGUCUUGA